AUGCAGGCCUUCAACAAGGCUUCAGUCGAGGACAUCAAGAAUGCCCUGGCCGCACUGUCUGCCGAGGAGAAGUUGAGAGAGCUUGCCAGAGUGAAAGAGGCUUCAGCAGGCGCCACGGAAGCCAAAGCUCCCGAGCAGAAAGAGGCAGAAGCUGCGAAGCCAGCAGAGGAGCCAGCCGAGCAGGAUGCUGCGAAGCCACCAGAGGCAGCCGCAGAGGCCGCAGAUGUCACAAAGCCCGCGGAUACAGCUGCGGAGGAGAAGCCUGCUGAGUCUGCCGAGCCUGCAGCACCUGCUGGGCCUGCAGAACCUGCCGAGCCUGCAGCUGCAGAGGCAAAAGAUCCAAAAGCUACCAUUGAUGACGCUGAGAUGAAGCUGAAGUUCCAGGCUGCAUUUAGGGCGAUUGACACCAACAAGUCCGGCUUCAUCGAAGUCAAUGAGCUGGAAGCUGUUCUGCAGACCCUCGGAGUCAACCUGACCUCAGACCAGGUGGCGCAGGUAUUCCGCGCAGCUGAUUUGAACGGUGAUGACCGACUCGACAUUGAUGAGUAUGAAGCACUGGUGAAAAAAGCAAUGCCACAAUGA